CUUAAUUUAUAAAACUCAGUUUCGUUACAUUGAUAAGGAGCUUAGCAGUUUUCCUAUUUAAAUGACAUGUAUGUAUAUGCACAUAUUGCAUUUACAAAAUGAAAACAUCAAGUAACAGAGAACGGACAAAAUGUCAGAAAGUAACCGAAACGACUGUCCUGAUUCUUACCUGGAUUUCUUUAGGAAUGUAUCUUGAAAUAUUUGGACCUACACUAAAAGACCUUAUCCUCCGACUGGACAGCAAUUACGAGCAGCUGGCGUUUGCAAUUUCUGGAAGGACCUUUGGCUGGAUCUUAGGUUCUGUACUCGGAGGUUUUCUCGUAGACAAAUUUCAACUGUAUCGCCAUUUGAUAAUCACCAUCGCGUUAAUGACAGCUGCCAUAGCAACAGUGGCAAUACCAUGGUUACCAAAUAUCACGUUGAUGUGGAUUUUCUGCUUUAUUGGAGGAGUCUGCGAACAAGUUGUUAAUAUAGCUGGAACUAGUGUCACACUCAGUAUUUGGUUAGACAAUGCUGCAUCGUCAUUGAUCUUGUUACAUAUGGGAUACGGAAUUGGCUCAUUUAUUGUUCCUUUAUACGCAUAUCCUUUCCUGGCAGAAAUAACGCUGGUCGAAAUGAACGGAACGAGUAAUUUAUCGCUAAACAACGACUCGGUCCGUAAUAGUUUAUCCAAAGUCUCGUGGAUCAGUUUGCCACCCAGUAGUUUACAUGGAAAUUCUUCAAAAGGUCAUUUUGGUACAAUUAAAAGUGAAAUUGAGUCGAUACUGAAUAAACAUCCCAGUGAGUUUGUGAUAACAGGGGAAUCAAGGAUAGAAUAUGCAUAUGGAAUAGCAGCAGCGUUUCUCUUCUUAUGUUCGGUCUCGUUCUUGGUGUACCAAAUACUUGAAGUCCAAUACGUGAAAAGAGAGCGACGGCCAAAAGCAACUUUUAAGUUAUCUUAUAACCAAACAAGUGUCCGUUCUAAUAAGUUCAACAAGAACACGAAGGAAAUGACAUUUUUACAAAUGAUUAAUCCAGCAACGUGUGCUAACGGUAAACUUUGGUAUGGAUUGAAGAUCUUUAUAUUUAUUUUCAUUUUCAUGGGGAAUCUGGGUGGGUGUGAACGGAUGAUCGGCAGCUUUAUUCGAAGCUUUGCCAUUGAUCAGCUCGAGUUUUCCAGCGUGGAUGCUUCGCUUCUUAAUACUUCCUUCUGGAUAAGUUUUUCGGUCGGGAGACUUUUAUUUGCUAUUGCUGCGAAAUGGAUAUCAGUUCGCGUUUUAAUCAUAGUUGAAACACUCGGUGUUGCAAUAUCAGGCGCUCUUUUGAAUAUAUUUGCAGUAGAUAAUUCAACUGCUCUUUGGGUUCUAAUGCAACCAGUUGGCUUUCUCGGAGCACCUAUGUGGCCGACGGGAGUUGCUUUCACAGACUAUCAUGUACAGCUCACAGGUGUUGGUAUGACCGUACAAAUUCUUGGAGCGUCAGUCGGAGGGAUUAUUCAUCUUCGUCUGAUUGGAUAUCUUUAUGAAACAUUUGGGCCAAGAACUUUUUUGUAUCAGUUGGUUGGGUCUGGAUGUGUUGGCUUGAUGAUUGCGAUAGUACUUGAUGUAAUAGGAGCUAAACAUGGUAACAGGUUUGGAGUAGAGAAAGACGAUACUAAUAGACAAAAGGAAGAACGUGAUUCAUUUAUGUAAAUAAAUAUCAGUGGCAAUAAUGACCUGAGUAGUGCAAAACCAAUGUUAUCGUUAUAUAAUAAAUUGCAGCACAUUGCAAUUCUAUUAUGACACAAGCAAUAACAUGUACUUGAUAUCUAGUAAUAACAUGUACUUGAUAUCUAGUAAUAACAUGUACUUGAUAUCUAGUAAUAACAUGUACUUGAUAUCUAGUAAUGACAUGUACUUGAUAUCUAAUAAUGACAUGUACUUGAUAUCUAGUUAUAACAUGUACUUGAUAUCUAGUAAUAACAUGUACUUGAUAUCUAGUAAUAACAUGUACUUGAUAUCUAGUAAUGACAUGUACUUGAUAUCUAGUUAUAACAUGUACUUGAUAUCUAAUAAUAACAUGUACUUGAUACUAGAAUUGUUUUAUAAAGAAAAAUUACAUCAAUUUGUCUGAUUUCCAUUUUUUUAUGUUUGUUUUUACUGCUGGUCCUUUACCAUUGUUCCUGUUGCCAAAUUCAAUGACUACGAAAAUGACAUAAUAUUUUUAAACCGAAAACUGAAGCCGACCAGCAAACACACUAAACCCGUCUCACGGGACUUUUUUUGUUUCUCAUUAGAAUUAUAUAAGUUCAGGUGUAAAGAAUGGUGCGUCUGAGAGAAAAAAACAGUUUUGCAAGUCUCGUCAUGCUCCGAACGUUCUACUUCUUCUAAAUGGUAAAAAGCUAUGUCUAAUAUAUUUUAGUGAAAUUACUGUUGUUUUUAUAAUCUUGUUGUUGAUUCCUGUUUUAACAUAGAAUGUAUCUUUUAUUUAACACUCAUGAAUAUUGUAUGUACAUGUAAACAGAAUAAAAUGUU